GUUGUGCCGCAGAAGAUGAUUUCCUACAAGCGGAGAACAGACCUGAAUUCUUAGAAUCCGGGUAAGGCGGUGAUUCGCACCCAGCACUUAGCACAGGUAUUUCCCGGCUCAAAAGAGGCAAAGGCAUGAAAGCCAAAGUCUUUGAAGAGCACGCUGCUUCCCGAUUGGCUGGAGCCGCGUUUCUGAUUGGCUGAGCAUGUCCGGCGGGGGCGGGAGGAGGAGGAAAGCCUUUUUCCCAUCACGCGGCCGGCGUUCCAACUUUCGGGGACCGGCGGGGUCCUAGCGCCCUCUCCCGAACGUUCCGGGGCAGGGCAGAAGCGAUGGAGGGGAGGGAGACGCCGGCAACGGACGCCGCGGGAGGCAGAGAAGACGAGGAGCCGCUGCUGAGGCCUCCCGCUCCGGCGAGCGGCUCCGAGGAAGAAGCGGAAGACUGCGGGGGCCUCUGGGAACUGCCCGUGGAGCUCAGCGCGCGGAGGCCGGAGUGCGGCCGUUGCGGGCGUCCUGAGAAGGUGUGUUUGUGUCCAUUCUUGCCAGUCCACCCACUGAAAGUCUCCACCUGUUUGUAUAUCAUCCAGCACCCAGCAGAGGAAAGUAGAGUACUACGAACUGUACCCCUUCUGGCUGCUUGUCUACCCGAAGAAAAAUGCAAAGUCUUGAUUGGUCGUCGCUUCAGUGAAGACAGGUACCCUGAGCUGGCAUCUGUGUGCAGAAAUAAAAAUACCUUAAUAUUAUAUCCUGGAGCUGGAGCAGCGAAUUUGGAAGAGGUCGACUUGAGCUCACCUGAUCCCUAUGUGAUCAUUAUCAUUGAUGGAACAUGGAGCCAGGCCAAAGAUAUAUUCUUUAAGAAUACCCUUUUUCGAAUACCUAAACAGGUGCAGCUGAGAACUAGCCUUUCAAGUCAGUAUGUAAUUCGUACCCAGCCUACAAAUGCAUGCCUGUCAACACUUGAAUGUGCAGCUAUUUCCCUGGCCAUCAUGGAGAAGAAUGAUGGUAUUAAAGAAUCUCCAUCUGUCUCCUUUUUUCCAGACUGUCCUCCGUCCUCUUCAAGCCCUCUGCUCUUUCCAGCUUCAACACGGCGCCCAAGUUCAUCACAGCAAGGAGCACCUUCUUAAGAAUGGUUUAUACGACAAGCCCAUGCCAAAAAACAAGCGCAAGCUCAGAAGAAUGGAGCUCUUAGUGAAUAAUGUUAAAAUUUAGCAAUGUCAUGUAGAAUUAGCUUUAUUUAUUUUUUUAAAGAAAGAAUCCUUUAAAAUGAUGAAGUGGAGUUUGAUAUGGAUUUAAUCCAGACAAUCAUCUCUUUUGAUAAUGGACAAAGUUCAGGUGGCAACUUGCCAAGGAGUUCAAACAUUAUAAUAAUAAUAAUGAAAAGCAGAAUGCCUGGACCAUCAGGGAAUAAACAAGAGAUAUCCGUUCCCCCAUACUCUCACCCCUGUUUAUCAGUCUGUGAUCUUUAGUAGGGCUUCUUUAAUUUUUUUAUGGGAGGCUUUUGGCAUUACUGCACAAGGAACAUAAUUUUUUACAAGGCAGCGGUUAGAAGACAAAAUUCCAGUAUGGGGAUUUUGAUUUGCAACAACAGUGGGAAUGAAAUAAUAAUUUUAACAUUUCCCCCCGUUUAAUUUCUUGUUCUGAUUAAACAAUAUGUCAUAUAAACCUUCAUGUCCAGUUCACAUUGCGGGAUGUCGGUAAGAACAGACUAGUAAAUGUGAUCAUUGGAGAACAAGGUAUUUUGUCCUGUCACUCAGGAGAGCAAUUACACACUGCAAUACACUUGUAUGUGAUUAGCAUGUACAUUGUCAGGGGAGAAGGCAUCCAAACAUGCAAUGGAUGUGAGCUAGAAAGCUGUAGCCAACCAUAGAUGAUGAUUAGGAGCUUAACCAUGAUCAGGCAACACACUAAGCCAAAUCUUGGUUUAGCUGCUGCACGGAGCUAGAAGGGAACAGAGAGCAGCAAAGCGGGUGCAAAUCUCACUCCAGGAGCCCGCAUGCUUCUGCAGUCCUGAUCAGCCAUAGUUUGGCUUCCUGUGAGUUGCAACUGUGCUUCCUACAGCCUGGCCACAGUAAUCCAUGCUUGAAGAACCUCACAAUGGGAUUGCUACAGUGCACUUUACAUGAGCUACCAUGAAGACAAUCUGAUAGCCUCACCUCAUGCAAAAUACAGCUAAUGCAAAACAGCCUAGCUGUUGAGCAAGUCAGCUAGAUGGGACCAGGAGGCACUGAUCCUUAAAGCUCUUCACUGCCCACCUUUGACCUACCAGGACAAAUUUAGGACAUAGGUACUGAUACAUAAAAAAGCAUCUCCCCAAUAUCUUCUAGCCUGUGUUCUUAGUUUGGCAGAUAAGGCCCUCUUCAUGAUCCCACUGGUUGAUAUGGCCUGUGGGGCCGUUGUCUGAGACAGGGACUUCACAGUGGUGGCUCCCUGACUGUGGAAUUCCUCCCCAGGGAAGUGCAGUUGUGCCUCACAAUGUUAAUAUUCAGAUGUCAAUUAAAAACCAUCUGUGCAUUUGGGCAACAAACUCUCUGGGAUUCAUCAGUUUUGUUAUUAACACCGAUUUUUAAUAUUGUUUUUAAGGAUUGUAAUUUUUAGUUAGUUAUUAAUUAUUCACUGUGUUUUUUACGUUGUGCACUGCCCCAAGCUCCUUUAGAAAAAAAGGUGGUAUAUAAGUGUAAAUAAAUAAUAAUAAUGGGUGGUAUCUGAGAAAGUAGUUCCAUUAAUGCAAGGACGUUGGGCUCCACGAAGGAACUGUGCCUCAUGUCUUUCUUGCACCCCACAUGCGCCACCUAGAUGCGUUCUGGGGGUUCCCUCAACCCUCCAGAGCACAUUUGGGGAGGGUAUGCAGAGAGAGAAAGAGGAAGUUCAGUUGCACAAAUGUAAAUCCUUGCACUGACAGACAGGGCCGUCUUACCCACAGGUGCUAGGGUUCGGGGCACCCAGGUGCCGGGCUCUCAGGGGCGCCAGGCCGAGAGUCCAGGGCCCGAGAGUUGAGUCUGGGGAAGAGCCCGUCCAUCAGUUGGAGCUGUUCUGCUGCGGGCGGCUCUGCGCAGUGAGUUCGGGAGAGACCAAGCCACCCAGAAGCUGAGGCGGCUGGCCAGUUCCGCCCUCCUGUGCGCCUGGGACUGGGCAACCAGGGUGUGUGUGUGUGCCAGGUGGAUCCUUGCACCCCGGCACCACAUAUGCUUAAGACAGCCCUGCUAAUGGAACUGCUUGGUUGGAAACCACCCAAUACUUUUUAGUCAUGUGUCAGGGAUUGACAUUUUAUAGCAAUGUUACUAUUGUAACACAAAAUGAAUAUGUGGUAGAAGCUGAAGAAGAAUGUCCUGAAUCAAUAAUGUAUGGUUAACUGUAUUUUGUCUAGAUGAAAGAAAUUAAAUCAAUAUUACUGAAAAUAUGGGUUGCAAGGAAAUACUGUUAAUGCUGACAUAGAACAUUCUUAACUGUAGAUGUAUCCUGGCUGCAGCAGUUGUUCCUGUGAAAGCAGCAGCAAUUAAGCUUUGUAGCCAACAUAUUCCUCUUAAUGGAGGAUGCACUCGCUUCCUUUGAUUAAAUUUCCCUUGCUUCAGAAUCAUUAACAUAGUAGUAUUUUCUUCUGUACCAAAAAUAUUUUUCCCGUUCAAGUUCUAAAGAAGAGAGGAAAAUCUAAUACCCCAGAUUCACAGUUUAAAAUGUCUUGGUAUUAUUAGUCAAAUAACCCCUUCAUUUAUAAUACCACAGUGUGAAUUUUUAUUAAAUGUGGAUUAAUGUUUCAUGUA